AAUCAUGUUCCCCAAUUCCCAUGGCAACUGAAAAUAUUUGAAAAUGGAUCUUGAACCAGUAUUUACAUUUGUGCCUCUAUCAAAUAAAACUUAUAAUGGAAUACACGACAAGAAUAUACAACAAUUACUUAUGAAGUGGGGCAUGAAAGAUAACAUUAACAUUCAAAACUUCGCAUUCAAUGAAUCAUUUCAUUCAUACCACAAAUAUCAUUUAGUGGAGGCCUUUUUUAAAGAUGAAGCUGUAGCGAAAGCAUUGAAACUUAAAAAUGGCAACAAGUGGAUUCCUGAAGAAAUAACUGCUUCUUCUGUUGAAGUUAAACAACUUCAAUGUUCAGUUUUAAGUAUGGCAUUUUUUGACAAAUUAAGAAAUUCUGACAAUAAUAUUGUUCAUAAAUCUGGUGCCAUUCGUAAAAGAUGUGAUGAAGAAAUUGAAGAUUUUUUAGUAGCUGAUAAUCUUCGAGUGAUGUUAUUAAAUGAAUCAAGUGACGAAUACGGCUUGUAUACACAAAAUGAACGAGAGGAAUUCAUUUUUGUCAUAUUUCAAAUGCUAGUCUUGGGUGGAAUUUUAUGUCAAUAUGAAGACAACAUUCAACACUAUUUGGACACAACAAAAACAAUUUAUAAGGACCUAAUUAGUGUUGAAAUCCAAGAAGAAACACACGAAUUGCAUGUAACUACAAUGGUGAUGAAAGUAGAAGUGAAAAAUUCCCGAGGUGAAUCAUAUUUCCCACGAAAUCCUUCUCACAAGCAAAAUCUUGGUUUCUUAUUAAUAGAACCUUCAUCGAGACAAAUUACAACUGUACUUCAUCAAUUUAGUUGUUGAAUUUUGAAAAGCUCACCUUCCAUCUUUUCGAUGAUAGAAUAAAUAAAAUUUGACACACAUAAUUAUUCUA